AUGCAGCGCAUUAAAAGCCUGCCUUUGGACGGUGUUACAGUAGUCUCUCUAGAGCAAGCCAUCGCAGCGCCUUUUUGUACUCGCCAGCUGGCUGACCUGGGAGCUCGCGUCAUCAAAGUUGAGCGUCCUGAAGUUGGCGAUUUCGCCAGGAGCUACGAUACGCGUGUUAAUGGAAUGGCAUCGCACUUUGUAUGGACCAAUCGUUCCAAGGAGAGCCUUGCACUCGACUUGAAAACCCCACGCGACUUGAAGAUUUUGAAGAGAAUCUUGAUCAAGGCAGAUGUCAUGGUGCAGAAUUUGGCACCAGGCGCAACAGAAAGAUUAGGCCUCUCGCAUGAGGAGCUUCAGAAGACGAAUCCAGGCAUUAUUGUAUGCGACAUCUCUGGUUAUGGAUCGCAUGGACCAUAUCGUGACAAGAAAGCCUACGACUUGCUUGUGCAGAGCGAAGCAGGUAUGCUCGCUGUAACAGGCACUGAGGCAGAGCCAAGCAAAACGGGCAUAUCCAUAGCUGAUAUAGCAGCGGGAAUGUACGCCUACUCCAAUAUUCUGGCAGCAUUACUGGAGCGUGGCAAGAGCGGAAAGGGCCGCCGAAUUGACAUUUCAAUGCUAGAGAGUAUGGCUGAAUGGAUGGGCUUUCCCAUGUACUAUGCUUUCAACGGACAACCAGGCCCAAGCCGAGCAGGAGCAUCUCAUGCGACCAUUUAUCCGUACGGGCCCUUUGAAACAGGCGCCGAUGGAGCUUCCGUCAUGAUGGGCGUGCAAAACGAACGAGAAUGGGCCAUCCUAUGCCGAGAUGUACUGGGAGAUGCGAGCUUAGCAACGGAUGAGCGAUUUGCAAACAACACGCUCAGAAGCCGCAAUCGAGCAGAACUAAAGGCGAUCGUUGAGGCGCGGUUCUCUGAGGUCUCCGCAGACGAGGCUAUUGAUAAGUUGGACAAGGCGGGUAUUGCAAAUGCCAGCAUGAAUGAUAUGCAAGGCGUAUGGAAGCAUCCCCAGCUUCGAGCACGGAAGCGUUGGAUCGAGGUAGAAACACCGAGUGGUGCCGUUCCUGGGCUACUGCCCCCUGGAGUAGACAACAUUUCACAGGUCAAUAUUGCAGAGGUUCCAGCUGUAGGACAACACAAUGAGCCGAUAUUUGCUGAAUUUGGCGUCUCCGAUGAAUAG